AUGUCAAACCUUCAAUCCAGACGUAGACUCAGAACUGUUACUAUUAAACUUUUAUAUAGACUUUUUGAAAAAUCGUUUGAAACUUCAUCUGUUAACUCUGAUGAGCAAUAUCAAAAUUUAGUUGACAUUCGUGAUACAAUAAAUGAAAAAUUCACUAAAGUUAAUCAACUAGACGAAGAAAUUUCUUUACUUAUUGAAGAUGAUGAAGAGCUACAACAGAAUGCAGAUACUUCCACAGACUUUAUGCUCAAGUGUAAAAAUGAACUUUCAGUUAUCAACAAGCAUUUACAAAAAUACGACUCUAAAAUAGAUUCAUCAAGUUUAUCUUGCAAUUCUAAAAAUAGGAAUGUCAAGCUUCCCAUAAUAAAACUAGAACCAUUUGAUGGAAAACCGGAAGACUGGGUAUCAUUUAUAGAAAAUUUUAAUUGUACUGUUAACUAUAAUGAGGAUUUAUCUAACAUUAAAAAAAUGACCUACCUACGUAACUUACUUCAAGGACCAGCUCGAGCAUCUAUAACUGGACUUUCCGUGACAAAUGAAAAUUAUCAAACUGCAUUAGAUAUUCUUAAACGUAGAUAUGACAAUAAACAAGCUCUCAUUUCAUCCCACAUGCGUAAACUUUUAUCAUUGGAAAGCAUCAAUAGUAUAAAUAGAAUUGAAAAGUUAAGAAAAUUUUUUGACAGUUUAGAAAUACAAGUUAGAAGCCUUGAAAAUUUAGGUAUCAGUAGUACUAUGUAUGGACCCCUACUCAUUCCAAUAAUCUUAGAAAAAAUUCCAGAAGAACUGACUUUAAUAAUCAACCGUCAAUUUAAUAACAAUGAUAACUGGGAUGUUAAAUCUAUUAUUGAUCUUUUAACAAAUGAAUUAUCUGCACGAGAACAAACCUUAACUAACUCAUUUAAUAAAUCAGAACAAUUUUUUACUGCUGAAACGCUUCACACUUGUACAAAUAACAGAGAGCCAUAUCAAACUUAUCUAUCCAAUUCAUUCAACAGAGGAUCACGUCAUAAUUUAAAACGAAAUAAUACAGACAAAGGUUCUUAUUUUGAAAGAAAUACUCCAAGAGAUCUUCAUAAAUUGAACAAAUGCCUUUUUUGUGAACAGCCUCACAAAUCACAAAACUGCCGAUCAAUAACGAACAUUCAAUCAAGAAAGAAAAUUAUCACUGUUGGACAAUUGACUUCAAUUACAGAGGCUACUUCUGAAGGGUAUCAACCUAUUUUACUGCAGACUGCAUCUGCUCAAGUUUUUGACAACAAUGCCAAGUUGCAUAGUUGUAGGAUCCUCUUUGAUAAUUGUUUACAGUUGAGUUAUGUAUCUCCCAAUUUACAUAAGAAAUUAAAACUUCGAACACUGGGUAAAAAAGAAAUUAUUAUAAAAACAUUUGGUAACAAUAGCACGACAGAAGUUUUGGAUAAAGUUGAACUACCAGUUAAAUGUUUAUUUGGUCGCACAAUACAAAUAAUUUGCUAUGUAAAAGAAAUAUGUUCCCCUCCUGAUGGUCAGUAUAUUAGUGAAGCAAAGCAGAAGUAUAGACACUUAAAUAGACUUAGGUUAACAGACUAUAAUUUGAAUGGUGAUGGUAUGAAGGUAGAUGUUCUGAUUGGGGCUGAUUUUUAUUGGUCAUUUGUUGAAGACAAGAUUAUUAGAGGAUAUAAAGAUAGUCAUCCAAUUGCAUUGUAA